CAAACUCAUGUCCAUUUUCCCAAGGGGCCACCCAUGCCCUGGCCCCCAGCAGCGGCCCCAGGUGGGCCUGUCCACCAUGCUGACCAGUCUCCCACCCUCUGCCACAGACAUGACCAGUGUGCUGCUCAGGUACUUCUUUUACCUGCCACACAUCACCUAUGCCAUGGCUGCCGACGGGCUCUUCUUCCAAGUGUUUGCCCGCAUGCACCACCGGAUGCAGGUGCCCGUGUUCGGGGUGCUCAUGGCUUUCAUGGCGCUGCUGCUGGACCUCGAUGCACUCGUCCAGUUCCUGUCCAUUGGUGCACUACUGCCCUAUACAUGCUUGCCCACCAGCAUUAUCAUUCUACGCUUCCAAAAGUCCCCUCCAUCCAGUUCUCAGGGCCCAGACAGCCCUGAGGGCACAGAGGAGGCCUCAGCCCCUGAGCCUGGGCAGCUGCGACCAGCCCUGAGGCCCUACCUCGGCUUCCUGGGUGAGUGCAGGCCUGGAGCCGCUGUGGCUUGGGCCCUGAGUGUCCUGGUGGCCUCGGCCGUCACUCUGGACUAUGUGUUGGUCUUCGGGGACUCGGCCCUGCAUCUCCCACCCUGGGCCUACACCCUGCUGCUCCUGCUCAGCUCCGCCACGUUUCUGCUCAGUCUUCUCGUCCUUGGGGCCCACCAGCAACAGCGCCGGCAGGACAUCUUUCAGGUUCCCAUGGUGCCCCUGACUCCCGCCCUGAGCAUCCUCCUCAACAUCUUCCUCAUGCUGCACCUGAGCUACCUGACCUGGCUGUACUUGUCCAUCUGGCUGCUGAUUGGACUUGCGGUGUAUUUUGGUUAUGGUAUCUGGCACAGCAAGGAGAACCAGCGGGAGCGGCCAGCCUGACUGUCCCACUUGGCAGCCUGGAGGAGAUGGUGCAGGCCCUGCAGCUCCCAGCCAGGCACCAGCCCAGGACCCAGACACACUGAGCAGCCCACCAGUCUAUGAGGACUGCUGGGGCCUGUCUGCCCUCACCCGCCUCCUCAGAAGGCCAGAGGGGUUGGUAGCCCCUCUAUCCAGGGCAGCUUGGAUUUGUAGGUCUGCCCAUGCUGAGGGGACCUCAGGACCUCAGGACCUUAGCCCAGGUGCUGAGCUUUGAGUCUUUGGAAGUGGGCCAUGGCCAGCGCUGGUGUGGCAGACUCUGCCCCCCAUCCUCCAGUUUAUGACCAAUUCCAGCUACCUGGGCAGGUGGAGUAGGAUGGGCAGGGAAGAGCCUUGAGUCCCAGGGACCCACAAUAGGAACUGCUCAGCCAGCCAUGUGACCUGCUGCCAUGUCCAGUGUGGUGUUCUUUGUGGCACUGAGCCCUCAUCUACCGCUGGGAUCUAGACGAUUGUCCCCAAUCCACAGCAAAGGUACUAGGGUUCUGUAAGGGGGAGACACCAGCCCUGGGAUGGCCCUGAGUCAGGAACAUUCCCAGGCCUGGGUCACAGGGUCCUCCCUUAGGGCCAUUGCGCUCUGCCCAGCUCUGAGGGGAGCUACACACCCUAACUACAGUGGGGUCCUUGACAGCGUGGGGACAGGCUCCCGCCAAGGCUCCCCACAUGUCCUCUCGGGGGCAGAUCCAGAGAGUAGAGCCUGGACCCCAAGAAGGCCGCCUAGAAAGUGCGGUGGAGUUCUGGGGUUCCCUUGGUUUCCCAGGGCUCCCAGAGAGCAGGGCAUGUCCUGGGGCCUGCCCCGGAUGGAGAAGCCCCCCUGCCUGGGCACACACAUCUCUCAGGCACAGGCCCACAUGGCGCACACGGUCUCCUGGGCGUGCACCCACGUGCAGACUGAGGCAGCAGCUGUUUCCCAGCUCAGGGCUGCCUACAGCUUCCAGCGGCCUCUCUCCUUGCCGCCCUCUCAGGGCUUUGUGACAAAGGCUCAGGAUGGGACACACGCAGGCAGGUGGGUGCACAAGUACCUGGGCCUGCUCCAGGGACCUUCAGCCCACCUCUGGUGUUGGGACCCCAUCCUUUCAGGUCACCAGGCCCACCCUGCACCCCCCUGUGGCCUCCCUAAGGCCAUGCUCUUUCUACCAUAGACACCACCACUUCCCCGUUCCUGCCUGUGAUGACCACACAGGAAGCUGCUGGCUUUGGCAUCUUUAUUCCUCAAGUCUCUGCAGCCUUGGCAUUACUUUCUCUGGGCCCCGAGGACAACCAGGGACACGUGAUCCCCACUCCAAUAAUGAAGCCUCAGGACCAUGACCUUUCACCCAAGCCCUUCUGACCCUGCCUCCAUGGACACGGCCCUGGGGGUGAGAGGCAGCAGGGACCCCAAGGCUUUACUGAGGCUCCAGCUGCCAGAUGAUUCCAGAAGCUGCCCAGCCUGAGCCCCAGGUCUCCCCUACCCAGCCUGGUCCAUGUUGCUCCACCAGAAAGCUGUCAGCAUGGCCCUGCUCACCAGGACCCAUGAGAAGGCAGCCCCUUGUCUCCCUGGAGUGGCUACCCCAAACGCUGCCCCGUCUGAGACCCAAAGAGGGCUUGGCUCCUGCAGCCCCAUCCCUCCCCUCCUGACCGUGGGCCCGGGACACGGGGAAAUUCUCCAGCAGGCAGGACUCAGGCCCCCAGGAGGAUUCCAGAGCCAGAAUCAGGCCAGCCUGCUGGGGGAGAGAUAGUCUGGGAGCUGAAGGGUGGCGUUCUCCCCUACCCAGUCCUGCCUGGGUUUCAUCCAUGAGUCCUCAAGGUUAGGCCCCCACCCUUUUCCGUCCUGAACCCCCAACCAGCAGAGAAAGUCUACAGGCCUCAGGAAUGGGCCAGCGAAUGGGUCCUAGGGCCACCCUGGUGACGGUGUCCAGCUCUCUGCAGCAGCAGUGGGGACAGCUGUGGGGCCCCCUCUAAGGCACCAGGGCAGCCGGAUGUGGGGGUGGGGAAGCUACCUUUCUGCUCAGGGUUGGCAGUUCCCUGAGGGACAUUUACC